AUGCCGCAGCAAAAAGAACGAGUCCCAUGCGGGUGGACGACAGGGGAGACUAACACCGCGGGGGAGAAUGACCCGCGAGUGCUGCUUUCAAGUGACAGCAAAUCGGAAGAUGCCUUUGAGUUUUCAUUCGAGACUCUUCGGACCAAUGUCUUUCGAACCCGCUUCACUUCCAAGUCGCACCCUCUGCCUCCUCAUCCCAGUGCGCCGCCCAUGAAGGCGGACCUGGACGGGGUCAAGCUGUCGGUCUCAUCGCCGACGGCUACUACCAAGAACAUUGAGAUUGGCGAGGUCCUCAUCAAGCUGGACUGGACCGAGUCGUCCCCCCUGCUCUCUGUAGCGUAUACUGAGAGCAAAGACAGUCCUAUCUUGCAGGAUCUACCCUUUCGCGGAUACGCCGUCGACGGACCGGGCGUGGCGCAUUACACGCGCUACAACCGCGACACGCUUCACGUCGGGUUGGGCGAAAAGGCCGCACCCAUGGACCUGUCGGGGCGAAAGUUUGAGAUUUCCGCCACGGACAGCUUCGGGUACGACGUCUACCGUACCGACCCGCUGUACAAGAACAUCCCCCUCCUCAUCAACGCCACGCCUAGCGGCUGUGUCGCGACCUUCUCGACCAGCCACACCCGGGGCCUCUACUCCAUCGGCUCCGAGAUGGACGGCAUGUGGGGGCGGUACAAGGUCUAUCGGCAAGACUACGGCGGCCUGGAGGAGUACACCAUCGUGGGCCGGACGCUCAAGGACAUUGUGCGGACGUACGCCGAGCUGGUCGGGUUCCCGCUUCUGGUCCCGCGAUGGGCGUUUGGCUACCUGUCCGGCGGCAUGAAGUACUCGAUGCUCGACGACCCGCCGGCGUCGGAGGCGCUCCUGGAGCUCGCGCGCAAGAUGAAGGAGCACGACAUCCCCUGCUCGGCGUACCAGAUGUCGUCCGGGUACACGGUGGCCGAGACGGAGCCCAAGACGCGCAAUGUCUUCACGUGGAACCGCCACCGCUUCGCCGACCCGGAGGGCUGGAUCGCCGAGUACCACAAGCUCGGCAUGCGGCUCAUCGCCAACGUCAAGCCGUACGUGCUGGCCAGCCACCCGGAGUACGAGAAGUUGAAGGCCGCCAACGCCUUCUUCACCGACCCCAGCACCAAGCAGCCCGGCGUGGCGCGUCUCUGGAGCGCCGGCGGCGGCGAGAGCGGCGAGGGCGGGCACAUUGACUUUACCUCCGAGGCGGGCUUCCAGUGGUGGUACGAGGGCGUGAAGAAGCUGCGCCAGCAGGGCAUCGACUGCAUCUGGAACGACAACAACGAGUACGUCGUCACCGACGACAGCUGGGAGUGCGCGCUCACCCUCCCGUCGCUGCGGGAGAUCCCCGAGGCGCUGCGGGAGAUCCCCGAGGCGCUGCGGGAGCGGCCGCAGAUUGGCCUCUGGGGCCGCAGCAUGCACACGGAGCUGCACGGGCGGGCGUCGCACGACGCGCUCGUCGACGCAGACCCGGACGGUCGGCCGUUCGUGCUGACGCGCGGCGCGACGGCCGGCACGAUGCGGUACGCGUGCAGCUCGUGGAGCGGCGACAACACGACCAGCUGGGCGAGCAUGCGCGGCUCCACGGCGCUGGGUCUCAACGCGGGGGUGUCGCUGCUGCACUGCUACGGGCACGACAUCGGCGGCUUCGAGGGCCCGCAGCCGUCGCCGGAGCUGCUGGUGCGGUGGGUGCAGCUGGGCGUCUACUCGCCGCGCUUCGCCAUAAACUGCUUCAAGACCCUGAAGGAGAACAGCGUGGGUGAUGUGAUCGAGCCGUGGAUGCACCCGGGGGCGACGCACCUGGUGCGCAGGGCGAUCAAGCGCCGCUACGCGCUGAUCCCGUACAUCUACUCGGCCAUGAUCGACAGCCACCGUGCGGCGACGCCGCCGCAGCGCUGGAUCGGCUGGGGCUGCGAGGCGGACCCGGAGGUCUGGCGGCGGCCGCUGACGGACGGCGAGACGCAGUACUGGUUCGGCGACGCGAUGGUGGUCGGCGGCGUGUUUGAGCCGGGCGCGACGCAGGUGAAAGUGUACCUACCGAAGAAGGGAGGCGACGGGGAGGAUGGGGGGUACGUGAACAUGAACGCGCCGUAUCAGUACUUGAAGGCGGGCGAGUGGGCGACGGUGGACGCGGCGUGGCACGGCGCGGGCAUCGCGGUGAUGGCAAAGGUCGGCGCGGCGAUCCCGACGGGCCGCGACGUGCAGGUGCUGUCGCCGGGCGAGAAGGACAACGUGGCCGGGCUGCCGCUGGACGACCUGCGCGCCGUGGAGAUCUUCCCUCCGCAGGCGGGCAGCAGCUCCGGCGAUGGGUGGUACGAGACGACGUGGCACGAGGACGACGGCGUGUCACCGGUGGCGAGGAACAGGAUCUCCUCGUACACCAUCUCGUACAGCGCGACGGAGGACGCGGUCAAGGUCAAGUUUAGCAGGGACGAGGACUCGGGGUUCACGGCGCCGUGGAGGACGCUGGUGGUGGUGCUGCCGGUGGGAGACGUCCGGGAAGUGCAGGGCGCGGACGGGAGGGCGGUCUCGGACUUGGGUCGCGAUGAGCUGGGGCGUAGAAGAUUCGAGUUGUCAUAG